AUGAGAAUUGUCCUCAUAGGCAAGACAGGAGCUGGGAAGAGCGCGACAGGAAACACCAUCCUGGGGAAGGAAGCAUUCAAUAGCCACAUUUCAUUAAGCUCAGUAACAAAAGAAUGUGAACAACAGAAUGCCUUUGUGGAGGGGAGGAAAAUUAUGGUUGUGGACACUCCUGGCUUUUUUGAUACCCAAAACAAGCCAAAGUUUGGCUGGAAAGACCUUGAGAAGUGUGUCACUCUUGUCAGCCCAGGACCCCAUGUUAUUCUGGUCGUGACAAAGGCAAGCAAGAUGAGCGGAGAAGAAAAAAACACAUUUCGAGAGAUUAAAAAGCUUUUCAGCGUGGAAGGAAAACAUUUUCUUAUUAUUUUAUUUACCCAUAAAGAUACAUUAGAAAGCAGUGGCAUGAGUCUAGAAAGGUUCUUAGAAAGCGCAGAUGGAGAGCUGAAGGAGCUGAUUGAGAUGGCUGGAAACCGCUGCAUCCCUUUCAACAAUAAGGCUGAAGGAGAAGAAAAGACUCAGCAGGUUAGGGAGCUGAUCGCCAUGGUGGAUGCCUUGGUGACCCAUAAUGGGAGAAACCCCAUUUAUACUCUAGAACUGUUCAAAAAGGAGGGCUCGGGGUGCUGCAUAUUGUAG